UACACGUCAUCGCUCUGAGAGCCAUCUUGUGGAGUGGUGGUGAAUGGUUUAUGACGUCCUGACGUGUCGUUCUUGUUGGGGCUUUCACCGGAUUUUCACGGAUAAUUAUGUGGAAUUGGUUGAUUGUGCUAAUCUUAGGCUUUCACUGCACCCAUGCUCUCUACUUCCACAUCGCCGAGACGGAGAGGAAGUGCUUCAUCGAGGAGAUUCCCGAUGAGACGACAGUGAUCGUCAACUACAAGGUCGAGCUGUACGACCCGCGCUCGGGGGGCUUCAUGCCCUCCUCGCCCGGCAUUGGGAUGCACGUGGAGGUGCGUGAUCCCGACGACAAGACCAUCCUGUCGCGAGUGUACAGCUCUGACGGGCGCAUCUCCUUCACCUCCCACACACCCGGCGAGCACGUCAUCUGCAUGUACUCCAACAGCACGGCGUGGUUCAGUGGCUCGCAGCUGCGCGUGCAUCUGGACAUCCAGGUGGGUGAGCACGCGAUAGACUACGCAAAUGUGGCGCAGAAGGAGAAGCUGUCGGAGCUGCAGCUGCGGAUGCGGCAACUCCUGGACCAGGUGGACCAGAUCACGAAGGAGCAGAACUACCAGCGCUAUCGCGAGGAGAGAUUCCGACAGACCAGCGAGAGCACGAACUCCCGCGUGCUGUGGUGGUCACUGGCGCAGACCAUCGUCCUCGUGGCGAUGGGCUUCUGGCAGAUGCGCCAUCUCAAGAGCUUCUUCGAGGCCAAGAAGCUGGUGUAGCGCCUUUG